GAGAAAAGGAAAGAAAGAAAAGGAAAGAAAGAACGAGUGUUUGUUCGCACUCGCUUUCAAAAGCGAUACUUCAGCUGAUUUUAGGGUUCUUUAAUUUUUCGGACUCUGCUUUCGAUCUCUAACAGCAAUGGCGGAUUCCGAUGUCGGUAAAUUGUUUGUCGGUGGAAUCUCAAGGGAUACUACUGAUUAUACUCUUAAAAAUUACUUUGGCAAAUAUGGCGAUGUCUCAUUCUCCAAUAUUGCCAUAGAUCGCAUCACUGGUUUCUCUAGGGGCUUUGGUUUUGUCACUUUUUCUGACCCUUCUUCUGUUGAUCGUGCUCUUAGCGAUCAUCAUAUUAUUUCUGGUAGAACGGUAGAAGUGAAAAGAGCUAUACCAAGACAUGAACAACAGUCAAAUGCUCAACAACAACAACAACAACAACAACCACAACAACAACAACCACAACGACAAGCCAACAAUGUGAACUCACAUACAAGUAAAGGUUAUGUUAGGAACACUAAUGGUAGUUUUGGAGCUAAUAAUACUGAUCAAUACGUACGGGCUAAGAAAAUUUUUGUAGGUGGAUUGUCAGCUAACUUAACUGAAGAGGAGUUUAAGAAUUAUUUCGAGAAGUUUGGUAGGAUAACAGAUGUAGUUGUAAUGCAUGACAACACCACUAACAGACCUAGAGGGUUUGGGUUUAUAACUUUUGAGUCUGAGGAAGUAGUUGAGAAGCUUAUGCAAAAGAGUCACCAUGUUCAUGAGUUGGGUGGGAAGCGUGUGGAGGUUAAGAGAGCGGUACCUAGGGAGGUAACUAGGAAUCAUAAUAAUGGAAAUAACCCUAGAGUUGCUAGUAAUGGAUUUUCCCCAAUUGCUUACCCGGAUGAUAACAAUCGGCCGAGAGGUCCUGCUACCUAUGUGAAUUAUCCUGGCCAGUAUCCUCUUUCCGUUCCUUACCCUGGGUAUUACUAUGGUGGCGGAUAUCCUUACGGUGGCUAUGGCAUUGUUGGUUAUGGGAUGCCCAUGGUUCCUCCUAGGUCUCCUUGGAACGGCAGCGGGAUGAUGGGUGUUCGACCUUUACCCUAUGGCACCGGCUUUUAUCCUACUGGGGUCAAUGGUGGGGUUGCUUUGAUGGGAAUGAUUAAUGGUUAUAAUGGUUUUGUAGAUGCUCAGGUUAACGUAAAACCAAAUGACAAUCGUCAGAUGAAUGGAGUUGCUAGUUCGGAGGUUGAUAACUCGAGUAUAAGGACUGGGAAGUGAGUUGGGGAUACAAGGAAGAAUUUGAGAGCCGCGGAUGCACAACUGCAGUCAAAAGUGCUCUCUAUUGGUCGGUCCAGCUAGUCCGAUAGAUUUAAUUCCACUUGUAUUGAGGAAUGUUUGUAUGUUCAUGAUUUAUACACUGAGGGAGUUGAGGCUGCUUGUAGCAGUCUGUGUACAAUAGUACUUUUGUAAUCUCCUUCAUCCCUGUCUAUUCAAUCGUGUUAUAUAUCGAUCUUUUCUAUAUCUUAUUUCAUCAAUUCAUUAACACUUGCAGUAUAGAAUCCAGAUUUAUGUAAUAUAUAUCCUUUCUAAUUGCAGAAAA